UUAAUAAUUAUUUCAGGUAAUCAUUAAGUCUUUUCACUUUUAUUUUCAACAGUUACUCGAUAAACGUCUGUUCAACACUCAACUAGGUUACCGUUGUGUAAAUCCUCCCACUUUGGUGUCUCUUCAACCAUUUAUUUUGUUUUCUCCUGUCAGUGAACAACUUUUUUGCUUCUUACCUAACCUUGUAAUACAUUUUUACAUGUGAAUCGCCGUUGACAAUGUUUACUAUUGACGCUUCCAUUUCAUUUUCUCGGUGUUUCUAUCAUUUCAACUAAACUUACAUCAAAAACUCGAUAAAAUGCAUCACAAUCAUCUUGUCAAACACGGGGAAAGAUGAUCUUAAGUUGUGUUCAAUUCAAUAUCUCCAGUGAAAAUCAAUUUCUUUGCUUAUUCUUAUUUCUUCCCGGUGAAGUGCAUCCAUCUUGAUUAUUUUGCCGGUCAUUUCUUACCAACCAACAUUGUUUAUGUUUCACCUUAUUUUAAAAUUAAACACUUGACUCAAUCAACCAAUUGUCAAUUCAUUUCAUCUUUACCAUAAUUAUGGGGAAUGAAGUGAUUUAUUACAUUACAAUUUGGUCGUUUUUAAUCAGAGUUACCCUGCUUACAGCACCAAACAUUGACUAUUCACAUAACAUGAGAGUCUUAAUGUUACCAAAAACAGUUAAACCAGGAACUCUGAUCUAUAGAUUGAAAGGUUCUCAUCCUGAUUCAAUUCCAUUAACUUUCGGUGUUAAAGGACCGAUCGGACGUAAAUUAUUGGACAUUAAACCAGCGGACUUUCGUUCAGCAGAUGUGUACUUAAGAUCCAUUUUAGAGGAGAAUGAUUAUAAUUUAACAAUUUUUGUAACUGACGGUAAUCAAACUACUGAAGUGGACUCGAGGAUAAUUGUUACAGAACCAGAAGGUCCAGUUUCAUCACCUUUUAUUGAUUUUCAGUCAAUUUAUUUUAUCAAUGAGAAUUCACCACAUAAUUCAACAAUUGGUUUUGUUAUGGCAAAAGACAAACAAUCAAGUAAUCUUCCAGUUAUGUUUGAGCUUAGGGGUUCGGAUAAUUUUGCAAUAAGAUACAUUUUUGGACCUAAAGGAUCGAGUAAAGCCAUGAUUUUUCUUGUAAAGGAUGUUGAUUAUGAAAGGAGAAACAUCUAUCCAAUGACUAUAAUAGUAACGAAUGCCUGGACAAAUGAAACAAUUGAUACUCGAAACAUUGCAUCAGUUGAUGUUCUAAUUGUGGUUCGAGAUGCUGAAGAUACACCACCAAGUUUCGUCAAUUUACCCUCAGUUGUCCAAAUAUCUGAAGAUGCCGAGACUGGAAGCAUACUCGAUACUAUCACUGCCCAGGAUGGAGACGUUGAAAUAAAUAGAAAAAUCGUUUAUUCUUUGGUUAAAAAUCCAUUCAGCAAUUAUUUUUCAUUGAACAAAACUACCGGUCAAUUGGCUGUUAAAGUUUCAGGAUUAGAGUUGAAAGCAAUUGUUGGACUUAAUAAUCCAUUUAUGCUGACAAUUAAUGCAACUGAAAUUGUUCCUGAAGAGGAAAUGGAAAUUGGACUUCCAAUUACGACAAAGGCUUCCAUAGCAUUUGUAAUUGUUGCCAAUCAAAAUCGUCCACCAACAUUUGCAACAAACAAUUUAAAGGGCUUUAUUGAAGAGAAUAGUCCAGUGAUGGCAGCAAUUCGUUGGUUUAAUUACAGCAUACCUCGAGUUAAUGAUCCAGAUUCUGGUCUUAAUGGGACAAUGGAUUUAAUGUUAACUCCAAUUGAUUCCGAUCAGCAUAAUAACAUGUUCAUCAUUCAACCAAAUUGGGGUUUACGAGAAAUAACCUUUUCAAUUUUACUUGGCAGUGUAAUUUCAUUGGAUUAUGAGACGGGUCCAAAUCAAAUUCAAUUUAAGAUCACCGCCACUGAUCGUUCAUCAUUGAAACCAUUAUCAUCUGAAGCGUUGGUAGCAAUAACUGUUGUCGAUGUGAAUGAUAAUUAUCCACAAUUUAAACAAUCUUUGUACAAUGUUACUUUGUAUGAAAAUGCUUUGCCUGGAACUAAGCUGGUUCAGGUUGAAGCUAGUGAUCUUGACAGUGGACUUUUUGGUCAGAUCAAAUAUACUUCCAUUAAUGGACCGAUUGCCAAAAACUUUAAUCUUGAUCGAGAUAGCGGCUUGAUAACUCUGAAAUCAAUUGAUGGGAUCGAUCGUGAAAAAACAUCCGAAUACACAUUAACAGUGGAAGCUCGCGAUGAAAACGGCUUUGGUCUAUCUAAUGUAACUCAAAUUCAUGUCACUAUAUUAGAUGACAAUGACAACCAACCUGAGUUUGUUCAAUCGAGAUAUGAUGCUGUACUUAAUCCAGAUGGGUUAACGUUUACCCAACCUUUGCUGGUUAAAGCAAUCGAUGCAGAUGAACCAGACACUGUCAAUAGUCAAGUUGUUUAUGAGAUUAUUGAUGGUAAUUAUCAAGGAAAGUUCAUCAUUAACAAUAGCACCGGUUUAAUCAGCAUAACAAGACCUUUGACAUUCAAUGAAAACAAUAGAGAGAGUAGACUAGCCGAGGAAUUCAAAAUUCAAGCAUUUCCAACCAUUGUAUUGAAAGUCAGGGCUCAUGAUCAAGGAGUUCCAUAUCGUUUUUCAACAGUUGAAGUGUUUGUUCAUCAUAAGGAUUUUCUCAAUAGAACUGUAUCUUUUAUUGUGCCUCAAGAUGAUAGUCGAGUUAGAGAUAAAAGAUUUGAUAUUGAGAGAGGAUUGACUCGCUUAGCCGGUGCUGAUGUUCAUAUAUAUUCAAUAAAAUCCAUCCCAUUAGGACCUAAAACGAGCCAAAUCGACGCUUGGAUCGCUUACCCGACAUAUACUAUAGUUGAUUUACGCAAUCUUGGAGUCAUAAUAACUGAUCUAACGGGAAGUCAACUUCCAGUUCCCAAGGAUCCUGUUCAACGUGAAACCAUUCAAACAGCGGCAAUUUACAGGAAUGAUUAUGAGCUUGUCUUGUGGAUAUUACUAUUUUUAAUUGUUAUAACUUUACUCUUCCUUAUUGUUCUUCUUGCUGUUUGGUGUGCUUGUUAUAGAAACGAUCGUAAAACCAAAACUCUGUUAGAAUCCAUCGAGCCAACAAACAGGAUUAUUGUGAAAGAUAAGUCAACAAAUCAUUCUGAACAAAAUGGUUCAUAUUUACAACAGUCUAAAUUGACGAAAGUCUCUGAUCAUGAGACAAUUGUCAAUGAAGCAUAUCGUAUGCAAGAUGAUCCCCAACGUGAUUCAUCCAAAUCCCGCGAAGAUGUAACAAGUUCAAGUGAUACACGAAAAAGAGAUUUCAGAGAGUCAACCGUCGGAAAACAAUCUCAAUUCAAGAGAGUCCGGCUAGGCCGCAAUAGGAGAGUUCGAGUUAGUCCUGAGGUAAUCGGAGAAGCGGAACCUAUUUAUUUAGAGGACUUUACAGAUGAUCCUGAAUACUAUAUCAUGAGACGACCAAAAAUAAGAAGACCCUUACCCCGUCAUAAUGCUAUCGAUGACGAAGACAUGCAAAUUAAUCAACCAGAAUCAGGGACUGUUGUAUCAAACGCAGUAAAUAAUAACUACUAUCUUUUUUCACGUCGAUCUGGAGCAUCAGAAAAAACAGAUCAACAGCCGAUUGGAACAUCAAGAGGCCCAGGCAUCCAAAGAGGAGGAUCUCUGAGAGAACGAAGUCUGUUCCCUGAUCAUUUAGUUGGUGAUUAUAGAAGUGUAAGUGAAGCAGAGAUUCGGGAUAUUAAAUUAGAAGACAUUGAGGAUGUUAAUGUAACAACUGAAGUCAAACAGCCAUUACCUAGGGAUCAGUCAGAUGAUGAAUAUAUACCAAGAAGGAGUUCUCAGUCAAUUUUACCACCGAGAAUAGAAGUUAUAAGCCCGCAGUCUACUUCGAAUGACAAUCAUAAUCGAAUGCAUAACGUUGAUGAAUCCAAUUUGCCAUAUAAAAGUGGUAAAAAUGGCAACAGCAGCAGUAGUAGCAGCAGUAGCAGUAGCAGAAGCAGCAACAGUAUUGGCAGCAAAAACUCGACUAAAACCGAACCACAUGAUGAUAAAGUACCAUCAAAGACCAGUGAUUUACCGGGAAGUGUUUCAAGCUUUGAGCGUAAACUGUUUGAUCGAAGUCCCAGUGAGGGAUCAAAUAUUGAUAUGGGGUUGCUUGAUGGAGUUGUCACAAGAAGUGGACCGAAUUCUGCGUUAGAUUCUUAUGGUAUUAAUGAAACGAAUGAUGAGGUAUCCAGAUCAGAAGAAGUCAAUAAUGGCGAGUCAAAUUCAAAUAAAGAUGAGCAUUCAGAACAAUGGAAUGUGGCAAGUUAUUCCGCACAAUCGUCUCCUGAUAGUUUGGGGGCUGGAAAAGUCAAUACAGGAGUAGUCGUGGUAAAUCACAAUGGAGUAAGUCGAAGCGUGAUUGGUGAUCAUUCUGAUCAUUCAGACAGAUCAGAUUCAGAUUCAGGAAUCGGCAGGAAUCGAUUGGAUAAAAAAAUGCAUCUUAAGAACAGUGAUUUAAUGACGAAGAAAAGCAUAUUCACAAUAGCCUUUGAUGGUGUCAAAACGGAUAGAUUGAGAUCAGCAGAUUCAAUUCCGCCAACACCUUAUGUUUAA